CUUAACUAUCUGAUAUUAUAUAAUUUAUAGAUAAUAUACAGUCCACCGAUUGAACAAUGGCUUCAAGUAAGAAAGACUUUGAAGGAUGGGAAUUCAUACUUCCAGAGGAUUCAUCUCCUACUAAGAGAGCUAUAAGAAGAAGAGGUGGUGGAGGUCCUGAAUCUAUGUAUGUACGAAGAGUAAGUGAUGGGUUUGAGUUGAAACCAGGAGAUACAAUAUUAUACAAUGUAGAAUCUGAUGAAUCUGAACUUGCAAUUAUUAAAGAAUUUACUAUGACUGGUUCUGGAUAUAUUGAUAUGAUUGUUUAUUGGUUCAUUCUCAGUAGUGAUGUUCAAGAUAAAUCGGUACCUCUCAUAGAAAAUGAGUUAUUGAUAACAGCAUAUUCAUCAUUGGUAUAUCUUAAUCAAGUAGUAGAAAAAGUUAAUGUACUUUCCAAAUCUGAUUUUAAGAGCAUUGUAUUGGAUGAAUCAAAUUCAACACUCACUUUCCUAUGUCAACGAGGAUAUGAUCAAGAUGAUGAAUAUUUCACUGGUGAAAUAGAUUUCGAUGAAUUGACAACUUUUAUAAAGACCAAGCCAGUAGAAUUUACCAGCUAUAUCAGAGACCUUUGUUCUAAAAAGGAAACAGAGGCACGAACCCCAGGCACGAAUAAUAAGAAGAAGGUGGUUCAAAAGAAAGUUGUUAAGAAGAAGGAUACACAGAAAGGAGAGACUCCAACUACUCAAUCCAAAAAGAAGAAAAUUGAAGAAAAAGAAAAGAAUGCUGGCCUGAAUAAGAAUGAUGACAAGAAGAAAGAGAAGGAGGCUGAAGAAAAGGAGGAUGAAAAGGAGGGUGAAAGCGAUGAUGAAAAUGAGGAUGAAAAUGAGGAUGAAAAGGAAGAUGAAAAUAGGGAUUAUGAUGAUGACGAUAAUGAUGACGAAGGUUUCGUAACAGCAUCCAGUGGAGAUGAUGAACCAGAAAAUGAUGAAUCAGAAGAUGAUGAGGUAGACUUGAGUGAAGAUGAGCCUGUUACAAAAAAAUCCAAACCAUCACCACGUAAACGAAAGAGUACUUCUAGAUCAACAUCACCAGCUAAAAAAACACACCUUCCGAGUGAACUUUUGAAUAAAAUCUUAUCACCACACAAGAAGGUCAUUAACAUAAAGUCCAAUGUUUCUAAACCUUCUUUACUGUCUCUUUCGCCAAAGAAAUCUACUGGCAAUGGGAAUAAAAUACUUGGAAUUGAUGCUACUUCUCAAGCAUUUAGAGAUAUUAAAAGUAGAUUACAUGCAUCUCAUAGAAUUGCCUCGUUACCAGGUAGAGAAGAUGAAUACGCUUCACUUUUCUUAAGUCUUGAUACUGCAAUUCAAGAAGAAACUGGAUGUUGUAUUUAUGUUAGUGGUACACCAGGUGUAGGUAAAACUGCAACUGUACGAGAAGUAAUUGCACAAUUACAAGAUUCAGCUUCUGCUGGCGAGCUUAAAAAGUUUGAUUAUCUUGAAAUUAAUGGUUUAAAACUUUUAUCACCUAAUGUUGCUUUUGAAGUAUUAUGGGAGAAAAUCAGCGGAUUUAAAGUUAGUUCUGCCAAUGCAGUUCGACUUCUUGAUCAAUAUUUUGCAGAAGAAGCUAAAGACAGGAAACCAUUAGUAGUUCUUAUGGAUGAACUUGAUCAAAUUGCUUCUAAGAAACAAAAUGUGAUGUAUAAUUUCUUUAAUUGGCCCACCUAUUCGAAAUCUAAGUUAAUUGUUAUUGCCAUUGCAAAUACAAUGGAUUUACCUGAACGUACACUUUCCAAUAAAAUUUCAUCUAGAUUAGGAUUGAAUAGAAUUCAAUUCAUUGGUUAUACUUAUGAACAAUUAGGAGAUAUUAUUAAGCAUAGAUUAAGAGAAAUUCAACGAGAAAAUAAAAUGAAAGUAAUAGUUAAAGAUGAUGCUAUUUCAUUUGCUUCAAGAAAAGUUGCAAGUGUUAGUGGUGAUGCUAGACGAGCUUUAACUAUUUGUCGUCGAGCUGUUGAAAUAGCUGAACAAGAUUUUAUUAAUAAGAAAAAGGAUAAUCCAAAUGAAGAUUUGGAAGAUACUACAUGUUAUGUAUUAAUUUCUCAUAUAUCUCGAGCCAUUAAUGAAACCGUUAAUUCACCAAUUUCUUCAUUUAUUAUGUCAUUACCAUUUGCAGCCAAAUUAGUUUUAGGAGCCACAUUAUUACGAAUGAAACGAUCAGGAUUAGCAGAAAAUACUCUUGGAGAUAUAAUUGAUGAAAUGAAAAAUUCCAUUCAAUUAUUUACAUCAAAAGAUAAUCAACAUCAAAUUUUACAAAAAUUUGAUACAACAUUAAAUGAUUUCCUCUAUGGUAACGGACCUUUAUCGAGUGAGAAAUCGACUCCAAAUAUAAGAAUUUAUCAUUUUAAACAUAUAAUUAAUGAAUUGGCAGAAAAUGGAAUUAUUACUCAACAAAAUAUUCUUGGAGAAAGACAUAGAAAGAUUCAACUUAAUGUAUCUGAAGAAGAAGUCACUUCUGUAUUAAGAAGAGAUAAAGAAAUGAAUGGAUUUUAUUAAGUAUAAGUAGAAGUAUAAGUAUGGUCGUGCCAAGUGACAUUGAUUGUAACAAAAAAUGUGCAGCCUUGCGAUGAUGAAAAAAAAAAUAUAUAGAGAUAUGUAGAAUACCGUAUAUAAUUUUUUUUGCAGACUU